UCAGGUUAUUUUUGCAUAUGGAACGCAUCUAUUUCGAUCGGGCAAUGGGGCCAGGGACUUUGACCCUUGCAUAAAGUACAACAGAAGACGCUUUGUACGCAGUGCCUCUAUAUCUGAACUACGCUGCACGAAACUAACACGAAUAUUCAGUAAUAUUCAUCUGCCAUGCCAUUGUCUUAUUGACCUGUGAGAAGUUGAGCUGCAUGUUUCUGUGUGGUGCUGCGUGAAACACGUGCAACAAGUAAACCAGUCCCACUUGCAGGGGAGAGUCCAUAAAUGGAACCAAUGCACUCGUAAGUGACACCGGAAGGCGUGUAUGUUGCGUGUGUGUGGUUGAGUUGUUGUGUUGUAUCAUUCUCAGACAGUUGUCAGAAGUUAAAGGACAUGGGUCGCAAAGUUACUCUUGCUACGUGCUCACUGAAUCAGUGGGCCCUAGACUUCGAUGGGAAUUUCUCCAGAAUAUUAAGAAGCAUUGAAAUAGCGAAGGGCAAUGGAGCGAAGUACAGACUGGGUCCCGAACUGGAGAUAUGUGGGUACGGCUGUGCAGACCACCUGUAUGAGUCAGACACGCUGCUCCACUCUCUCGAGGUCCUGCAAGAGCUUUUGGAUUCCCCUGUGACCAAAGACAUCAUCUGCGAUGUUGGCAUGCCAAUUAUGCACCGCGAUGUUCGGUACAAUUGCAGGGUAGUAUUCUUGAACAAAAAGAUCCUUCUGAUCCGUCCAAAAAUGUUCCUGGCUAAUUAUGGCAACAACCGCGAGUUCCGCUGGUUUUCGCCUUGGAGUCAGCCCAGACAGGUUGAGGAAUACCUUUUACCAAGAAUGCUGCGCAAAGUCACCGGCCAGGUGUCCGUGCCAUUUGGAGACUGCGUCCUCUCCACUCUGGACACGUGUCUGGGCAGCGAGAUGUGCGCGGAGAUGUGGAACGCCAAGAGCCCCCACAUAGACAUGGGCCUGGACGGCGUGGAGAUCUUCACCAACUCCUCCGCCAGCUACCACGAGUUGCGGAAGGCCAACGAGAGGGUCUCCCUGGUCAAGUCCGCCACCAACAAGAGCGGUGGCAUUUACCUGUAUGCCAACCAGAGGGGGUGUGACGGGGACCGUCUUUACUACGACGGCUGCGCCAUGGUGGCCGUCAACGGUGAUGUCGUGGCGCAGGGGGCCCAGUUCUCUUUGGAGGACGUGGAGGUUCUCACCGCCACCCUGGACCUGGAAGAUGUCCGUAGCUAUCGUGGCGAGCGAUGCCACCCACACAUGGUGCACGACCACAAACCCUACCACAGGGUGAAGGUCGACUUCUCCCUCUCCGGCGACAACGAUAUCUACCUCAUCACCCAGCAGCCUGUGAAGUGGCAGUUCCACAGCCCGGAGGAGGAGAUCAGUCUGGGCCCGGCGUGCUGGCUCUGGGACUACCUGCGGAGGAGCGGCCAGGCGGGCUUCCUGCUGCCCCUGAGCGGCGGCGUGGACAGCUCCUCCACCGCCUGCAUCGUCUACUCCAUGUGCGUGCUGGUCUGCAACGCCGUCGCCGACAACAACGCCCAGGUGCUGCAGGAUGUCCAGCGCAUUGUGGGCGACCUGACCUACAGGCCAGAGGAGCCGCGUGAGCUGUGCCGGCGCCUGUUCACCACGUGCUACAUGGGCGGCGAGAACUCCUCCGAGGACACGCGCCGCCGCGCCAAAGACCUGUCGGCACAGAUCGGCAGCUACCACCUCAGCAUCAACAUCGACAUGGCGGUGAAGGGGCUGCUGGGAAUAUUCUCCAUGGUGACGGGAAGAGUGCCCCAGUUCCGCGCCAACGGGGGCAGCGGCAGAGAGAACCUGGCGCUGCAGAACGUCCAGGCCCGCGUGCGCAUGGUGCUGGCCUACCUGUUCGCCCAGCUCACGCUCUGGGCGCAGGGGAAGCCCGGCGGCCUGCUGGUGCUGGGCUCGGCCAACGUGGACGAGAGCCUGACCGGAUACUUCACCAAGUACGACUGCUCCAGCGCCGACAUCAACCCCAUAGGUGGCAUUAGCAAGACGGACCUCAAGAGCUUCCUCCACUACUGCGUGGAGCACUUCCAGCUGACCUCGCUGCGGAGGAUCGUGGCGGCCCCGCCCACCGCCGAGCUGGAGCCCCUGGUGGACGGGCAGGUGGCACAGACGGACGAGGCCGACAUGGGCAUGACCUACGCAGAGCUGUCCCUCAUCGGACGCCUCAGGAAGGUGUCCAGGUGCGGGCCCUACAGCAUGUUCUGCAAGCUGCUGGAGGUGUGGCGUGACGCCUGGUCCCCCUCCCAGGUCGCGGCCAAGGUCAAGCAGUUCUUCAGGAUGCACUCGGUCAACCGGCACAAGAUGACCACCAUCACCCCCUCCUACCACGCCGAGAGCUACAGCCCCGACGACAACCGCUUCGACAUGAGGCCCUUCCUCUACAACGUGAAGUGGUUCUGGCAGUUUAGGAAAAUUGACAGCAAGGUGACCGAAGCCGAAUCAGCCAGAGUUGGAUACUGACCUCAAAUUAGAAGUAGACCUAUGCUAUUGGCUGUGGAGUAGAUUUAGAAGUAGACCUAUUCUGUUCGCUAGGGAGUAGAUUGGUGCAAAUAUUUUAUGUGGCCAUAUGUAUCCACACGUGCCCUUAAAGUUAGUUGCAUGGCCGUAGCGUAUGAGGUGAAUGGUGGGGACAUGUCCAUACCACUAUGAGAUUAUUUUAAAGUUUCCCCACCAUUUUAUAACAAAUAUAAUGUGAAAAUAUUAACCCUGGACAAUAGGUCCCCUCCACUUUCUAAACCACACCUACUACACUAGCCUGUGUGCUCUUAAACAAUACUGUACCAUCUCUGGAAAUAAGCUUAUUUCACACCUACCCUUGAGUUAAAUAGUUGAGUUUCAUCUUUCUCCUAUACCCUCUGAGUCUGGCAAUGCAAUUUCUACCAAUUUCUACGCGACUAGUGGUCGCAUAAGAUUCAAUGAUAGUUGCUAGCUGGGAACUAGAAUUAACAUCAUCAGACUAAGCCACUGCUUCCCAACCAGGGGUACGUGUACCACUAGGGGUACGCAAGCACACUACAGUGGGUAUUUGAAAAACUGUUAUUUUAACUGAUGCAUGGAGCAAAGUCACACAAAGAGUGACGUAAAACAAAAGUUAGGGGGUACUCGGGGCACGACAAAAAGGCUUUGACAUGAGACAAAAAAGGUUGGGAAACACUGGACUAAGAGACUGUAAGAACUCAGUUAUUUAUGCUUCACUCAAGGCAAGGUGUAAAGUCAGUUUACUUGCGUCCAGAAUUGCUGUGCUAGUGCUUAUAAGUUAGUUUGUAGCAAAUGUGCUGUGUGUGCCUUAGUAGUUGUACAGUAGAAGUGUAGGCUCUAACUCAUGGUGUUCACCUCAAACCCAGCAGCUUUCUAGCAUUACUCUCAUGACCGCUCUACCUCUAGCCCAUGGUUACCAGCUUAUGAAGAAAUUAUGGACACAAUAAUUUUUGAACACUUUUGUAAAGGGAUUCUACAGCACUACGUUUGUCAGGAAAACCAAAGAAUAUGAUAAAGAUCAAGAACUGUAAAGCCUUCUAGUUGACUAUACUAACAGUACACAAUAUAAUGUGAUGUAAAUUAUAUAAUAACAAUUGGUCAUAUUUUGACAAAAAGGAACGCAUUAAAGGUGCCUAUCUUUUCCUAUCAAAUAGGGGAUUAAAUCAAAUAGGGGGGGUGAAAUUAUGUUUGUUUGACACGGUUGGCUGUCAACUGGAGAUUUGUUUUUAACGGAAGCUUUCUUACAAGCACCAAAAUGGAAAAUGAACAAGUGAAUAAAUAAAUCAAUGUAACUAACGUGUCAGUAUAUAUAUCAGCAGAAAUGUAAAACAUGUUCUGUGUGAUCUGACAAAAAUAAAGGCUGAAAUUUAAAUGUUG